AUGUCCAACCACAUCCGUACCAUCAACCCCGCGACCCACGAGGUCAUCUUCGACCAGCCCGGCACCUCCCUCGAGGAUGCCUCCAAGAUCGCCGCGGCGUCGCAAAAGGCAUUCGAAUCCUACCGCCACUCGACCCUCGCCGAGAGAAAGGAAAUCGUCAAGCGCGCGCUCGAUAUCGUCGAUACCCGCAUCGAUGCACUGGCCAUGGAGCUCACCACCCAGAUGGGUCGUCCGAUUCGGUACUGCGCCGGCGAGAUCAAGACCAUGCGCCUGCGCGCAGAGCACAUGAUGCAGAUUGCAGAGGAAAGCCUUGCGGAUCUUCCUGGGCAGCCGCAGGAUGGCUUCCGACGGAUGGUCAAGCGGGUUCCUGUCGGACCGGUCCUGAUUGCCUCGGCUUGGAAUUACCCUUACCUCACCACUGUCAACGCCUUGGUUCCCGCCCUGCUGGCUGGUAACAGCGUCAUUCUUCGCGCCUCGCCUCAGACCCCUCUUUUCGGAAACCAACUGUUCGAGAUCUUCACCGAAGCAGGCCUUCCCAAGAAUGUCCUGCAGGUCGUCCACAUAGGCAGCCUCGAUGUCCUCGAUCAAGUCGCCCAGCUCCCUGCGAUCCAGUCAGUCUCCUUCACGGGCUCGACGGUCGGUGGACUUCGUUUGCGCGAAGCAACCGCGCGCCAGGUUAAACCUGUCAAUCUUGAGCUGGGCGGCAAUGACCCUGCCUACGUGCGCCCGGAUGUCGAUGUGAAGAAUGUUGCAGAGAACCUGGUUGAUGGCGCGGUAUUCAACUCUGGACAGAGCUGCUGCUCCGUCGAACGCGUUUAUGUGCACGAGAAGGUCUACGAUGAAUUCAUUCGUCUUGUACAGGAGGAGCUGAAGAACUACAAGCUCGGCGAUCCUCAAGACGAAACCACAACAACCGGCCCCGUCAUUUCCGCCCCGGCGAAGGUGAAGAUCCAAUCUCACAUCGACGACGCUCUCAGCAGGGGCGCCAUCGACGCGACCCCAGAGAACGCCAGCUUUGCCCUGGCGAAGACCGCCCCAAAGGGCAACUUCAUCGCGCCCACCGUUCUGACGAACGUCAACCACGGCAUGAUCACAAUGAAGGAAGAAACUUUCGGCCCCGUCCUGCCUAUCAUGAAGGUAUCCAGCGACGAAGAGGCAGUCGCCCUGAUGAACGACAGCGACUACGGCUUGACUGCCAGCGUCUGGACAAAGGAUAUGGCCAGGGGCGAGGAGCUCAUUGACCAGAUUGAGGCUGGCACGGUAUUCAUCAACCGCUGCGAUUACCCAGCUCCGGACCUGGCCUGGACAGGAUGGAAGACCUCCGGUCUUGGAUGUACCCUCGGACCACGGGGAUACGACGGCUUCGUGAAGCUCAAGAGCUACCACAUCAAGAACGCCUAA